AUGCUGGGCUUGCUCCUCCAACUGAAGUCAGGAAAUAUUGCGUCUCCAUUUGUCAGCAACUACGUUACUGUAAUCACGUUCACUGUUGUUUUAUUUGUUUACGUGGCCUUAUUGGCGACUGUCAAGAAACUAGACCACCAAGCUGCGAUUAAUGAUCCAGACUUGUCUGAAUUCAUGGACAACGUUAGCCUCCUGUCUGGAACUCUUGCCUCCGUUUUACUAUUGCUGAUCCUCGUCCCGGCUCUCGGGUGGCUCAGCCUCCUCUUGUGGGCCAUUUAUUUUGUGAAGGACGUUGUAACUGUGACAUCGUAUACCAGUGUAGCUGUUCGUGCCAUUGACAGAGUGAAAGAGGUGAUGCUGAAUCAGAGUGGCCCUUCGAUUUCCACGGAGGAGCAGAAUCAUGUUCAUCAGCAAGAAAUUAGAAUGGAGGAGGGGCAGAAUCAUGUUUCAUAA